CCUAUAUUUCUACCAAAUAACUAUAUUUUAUUACUGAAAACAUUUGUGAAAAGAGGUACACACAACAUUCCAUUCCCCAUGUGUUUUUACGGACCCAUUUCGCUCAUCAAAAAGAUCCUGCCCACGGGUUCACAUAGAUCCCGUCUGCUUAUCCUAGGGUUAGAUAAUGCUGGGAAAUCCACCUUGACUGCCCGCCUGUCGGAAAUUUAUAAUGGCGAAUCCAAGGAACCUAACAAGCAGGUCAGUGAGUGGACCCUCAUAAUCAAUAAUUAUAAAGUUCAGUUGUGGGAUAUUAACGGGGAUCUGAAGAACAGGCAGAUGUGGCCCAAUUAUUACCAGAAAGCAAAGGUCUUGAUUUUUAUACUGGACAGCAAGGAUGCAGUGCGCCUAAGCGAGGCUCGUUGCGUAUUAUGCGAUGUCCUGAUGCAUCAUGAGCUUAAUAGAACUCCUCUGCUAAUCCUGUCCAAUAAAAAGGACACUUCGGGAUCUCUGCCCAUGUCCACAGUAAUCGAUUUGAUGGGUCUAGAUCGCUUAGAGGGUCGGGAUUGGACGAUUAAAGAAUGUUCCAUGCAGACAGGCGCUGGAAUUCAGGAAAUCGUGGACUGGAUUACCAAUAAAAUCGAUAAGAAAAAGAAGUGAUAUUUUUCAUAUUUUGAUAUUUUAAAAACGACCCUUUGUACAUUAAAUGCAUAAGAAAAAUUGCUAUGCAUUUAGGGAAAACUAUAUUCUAAGAAAAUAAUAUAUUUAAUGAGUCAUUUUGGAAACAA